GGACACGCCGAGCCCGGGGUGCCCGUCCCCCUCCAGGCACCACAUGAUGCCGGUUCCUCCCUCCUCGGGGAGGGCCCCGACUUCUGCAUUGGCUCCGCCGGGUUUCGCCGCCGCCGGCUCCAGCUUAAAGCUGCGAAGCCGGAGCCGGGCGGGCCGGGCGGCCAGGAUGGGUGUUCUCCGCUGCCUCGUGGCCUCCGCACUCUGCAUCGCCGUCCGGGGACAGGACCAUGGGCUGUCCCGCCCACCCCCUCAGUUCGGCUCCAUCUACCACGUCCGAGGGGUCAUUAAGCUGCCCUACGCCGAGAUCGAGGAGCCCUUUGAAGCCUGGUACAACCUGACGGGGAACAAGAGCCGCAUCCAGUACUACGGAGGGCAGGUGAUAACGUACCAGCUGGCAGCGGUGAAGCCCUAUGGCAUGAGGUACAAGAUCACGCCGGAGACGACCGAGAAGGAGGUGAACGCCAGGAAGUGCUUCCAGCUGCCCGGCUCCAAGGAGGACGUGGUCACGGCUCAGAGCGUCUUCCCCAGCAUGAGGGGCUUUAAGUUCCUACGGGAGGAGUACUACGAGGGCCGGUACUGCGCCGUGUGGCAGAACGUCACCCGCUGGGAGCAGAAGAAGAACGUCUACACGCUGUGGGUGACCAACUCCAGCUGCGGGGUGGCCCCCGUGCACUACGAGAUGCGGGGCUACAACAGCCUGCUGGGCUCCCACUACGACAAGUACGAAAUCGCCUACACUGACUUCGACAACAGCUUCCCGCCCUCCGUCUUCGACCUCCCCGCCAACGCGACCAAGUGCGGGGUGCUGCCGGGGAGCGUGGCGGAGCACCGCGUGCUGGCAAACCCCAUGGAGGACCUGGUGGGCCAGCAGCCACCCUGGGCACACCGGGUGUUCCACGACUACCGCCGGCAGACGGGGCGGCACUACGGCUCCGCGCGGGAGCUGGAGCACAGGCAGAGCAUCUUCGUGCACAACAUGAGGUUUGUGCACUCGCGGAACCGCGCCGCGCUGUCCUACACGCUGUCCCUGAACCACCUGGCCGACCGCACGCCGCAGGAGCUGGCAGCCCUGCGGGGCCGCCGGCGCAGCGGGACCCCCAACCGUGGGCUGCCCUUCCCCACCGAGCUCUACGCCGGCAUCAUCCUGCCCGAGAGCCUGGACUGGCGCAUGUACGGCGCUGUCACCCCCGUGAAGGAUCAGGCUGUCUGUGGGUCGUGCUGGAGCUUUGCUACAACGGGAGCCAUGGAAGGUGCCCUCUUCCUCAAGACAGGCGUGCUGACCCCCCUGUCCCAGCAAGUCCUCAUUGACUGCUCCUGGGGCUUUGGGAACUACGCCUGCGACGGGGGCGAGGAGUGGCGGGCGUACGAGUGGAUCAAAAAGCACGGGGGCAUUGCCAGCACCGAGUCCUACGGCACCUACAAGGGGCAGAAUGGCUUGUGCCACUACAACCAGUCUGAGAUGCUGGCCAAGAUCACGGGCUAUGUCAACGUCACCUCGGGCAACGUCACGGCGGUCAAAGCUGCCAUCUACAAGCACGGCCCCGUGGCCGUCAGCAUCGACGCCUCGCACAAGAGCUUCUCCUUCUACUCCAACGGCGUCUACUACGAGCCCAAGUGCGACAACACGCCGGGGUCGCUGGACCACGCCGUGCUGGCCGUGGGCUACGGGGUCCUGCAGGGAGAGACCUACUGGCUCAUCAAGAACUCCUGGUCCACAUACUGGGGCAACGACGGCUACAUCCUCAUGGCCAUGAAGGACAACAACUGUGGGGUGGCCACGGAGGCCACCUACCCCAUCCUGGCCUGAGCCAGCUGGCUCUGCAGGGAGAGCCCUGCCAUUCUCAGCACUCAGCCCGGGACCAGGCCCUUCAGUGGGGCCAUCGGGAAGCUGGGGACACAGUGGGACAGCCCCAUUCAGUGCUGGACACAGGGCAGGACGGGGACUCAGCACUGGGCUUGCCAAUAAAGACACUGGGAAAAUACUGGAUGGCUUUUCUACAGGAGGGAUUCAAUUGCUGCCCACACAGCUGUGCCCCUGUGCCCCAGGGACACAUCCUGUACAAAUCCCUGUCCCCAGCCUGGUUUUCUUGGUCCUGUGGGACCCUGGGGGCCUCCUGGGGAGGGGACAAUCCCACCUGGCAGAGCCAGCUGGCUCUCAGAGCCAGUCCCAGACCCCCGGGGCCAGGGGAGCGGCUCUUCCAGCUCUGAGGUGGAGCACAAACAACCCCAGGGAUUUCUGCUGAGAUGAGAAAUUCCCGGCGUGGGGUGCUGGGGAGGGGGAAGGCUUCCACCCCGUGCCCCAGUGCCUGCUGUGGCUGCAGUGGGGACUUUGUCACCAGGGUGUUUGCCAGUGCCACCAGCCAGGCCCCUCACUCCCCGGGGCUGCUCCCCUUCUGGCUGUGGCUCAGCUGGGUGCUCUUACUUUGGGCUCAAGCCAUCCUGGAGAACAGCAUCAGUGCACAAGGAUACCAAAAGAGGCUGGAAGCUCUCCCUGCCCUGGUGCUGGUAGUCUCCCACCUUUUUGUGUGGGGUGCACAGGGGGUUUUGGGGUGCUCCUGAGCUGGUCACACCCCAGAGCUGUCAUGUUCCUUCCAUCUUUUCAAGCUUCACCCCAAAACCUCACAGCCAUGGAGAAGCCUCGCCACGAGCUGAGGGUCUGUGCUGUUCUUGGGCUGUCCAGGCCACAGGCCAGCAGAGUUCUGAAGGGUCAUUGUGGGGGUUCUGGUGCCGUUCUGGGGGUGUCCAGCCUGGGGAUGGAGCUGGGCUGGCAGCCCAGGGCUGCCAGGGAGAGCUGCUGGCACUGCCAGGCUCCGCUUCCCAACUCAAGAGCGCAGUUAGCAGCAGGCAUCUGGGAAGGGAAAUGUCAUCCCUGACUUGUAGCUGCAUCUGCACAGGCUCUACCUUCCCCCAGAUGGGGUUUUGAUAGUUGGGAAGUGACAUCCCCCAUGGCCACAGCCCAGUUCUGUACAGCAAACCACCGGCAGCACCAAGGGAGCUGCACUUCCCUCCAGGUGACACAACUGCUCUCAGCAGGGGUGGCAGGUCAUCAUAUUCCCUUGUUUUCUUCCACUUGUUCACCUGCUUAUUUGUCAAUUUGCUGUUUGUUGAAGGGGUCUUUAAUCAUUCCCAGCAGGGAGGCUGGCUGGAAUUCAUGUCUGGGAGAGGAAUGAUCACUGCACAGGAAUAAUGUGGUU